GCAGUGUCGCUCGGCGGGCUCACAGUCGGCGGGCUCACAGCGCGGCCUCGUUCCGCGAUGCGAGUGGGAGUGCAAGGCCUUCGCCUUGCGGAGCCGGGUGAGGAGGCUCUGCUGCAGCCUCCGUCUCGACCACGCGAGCGGAUGACUGAGGCCGAGCGGCGGCGCGCUGAACCGGUUCAUGAACUGAAGCGGGCGAGAAAGAAUCCGUUUGUGCGUGACGAGGAGGGCAACCUGAUCGAUGAGCGGAAGCAGCGCCCGAGGUAGAGAAGAAUUCGCCCCAGCAGAUCGUGACGCGACACAGCAUGACGCGAUGCGAGAGAACCAGGAGAGAACGGGCCCUUCCCUGCGCAGUCAUCAUGAUGAACUUCCAAGCGGCCAUCGGAGACCCGUCGAGAGUCCUGGGGAUAAGUCCGUCCGUCUCUCACGCACUCUGACCGCAGCGUCCCUGACGUCGCUCUUCGCGUCUCUUCUGAUGAUACCCCACAACGAUAUAUCUCGAUAUAGGUGUGUUAUAGCUAAUGUAUUUUGC